GUGAACCGGGAAGAGGGGGAGGUGGCGUCGAGGAGGAGGAGGAGGAGGUGGGGGGAGACUGUGGUCAAACCCACCGCGACCUAAACAGCUCCAGGAGGGAGAGGAGGGAGGAGAGCCGCAGCGUCGCAGCCCCGCUUUCAGCCUGAAUGGGCUCGUCGGUUAGCUGAGCUUAGCAUCGUCCGACUGCACCGCCGAGAACUCCCGUGUUUUCCUCUCCGUCCCGUCCCCCCCGGUGUCUCUCCCCCACCCCUCCCCCCCGCCUGCCUUCCCCGCAGCCGCCCGGCUCCAAGAUGAUGAAGUUUAGGUUCCGUCGGCAGGGAACCGACCCGCAGAGAGAGAAGAUAAAACAGGAGCUCUUCGCCUUCAGCAAGACCGUGGAGCAUGGGUUCCCUCACCAGCCCAGUGCUUUGGCCUUCGACCCCAAACUGGAACUUAUGGCCAUCGGAACAAAGUCAGGAGCCAUCAAAGUCUACGGGUCUCCUGGUGUGGAGUUCACAGGACUGCACGGAGACACCACCGCCGUCACACAGAUCCACUUCCUGCCUGGACAGGGCCGCCUGCUGUCGCUGCUGGACGACAACACGAUUCACCUGUGGGAGCUGGCGGCCGGGGCCCCUCGAGAGGUAGGAGGGGUCAAGAGAGAAGGCGUGGUCUGUCUACAGGAAGUGGACAGCUACAUCCUCCCAGGAAGACCUGGCAUUGAGAGCUGCAGUGCCACUCGGGUGACCGUCCUCCUCUUGUUGAGGUCAAGCGACCUGCUGUGCAUCGGAACAGAGGGAGGGGGCGUGUACUUCCUGGAGUUGCCCUGCUUAUCACUGAAGGACAACCAGACGCUGCUCCAGGAUCAGGUCAUGCAGAGCCUGCCAGAUGAUUACAGAUGUGGGAAAUCCUUGGGGCCGGUGGAAUCUCUUCAGGAACAUCCCCGGCAGUCUGGGAAGAUUCUGAUUGGCUACAGCCGAGGCCUGGUGGUCCUGUGGGAGCUGACCACCCGGCAUGCCGAGCAGCUCUUCCUGGGCAAGCAGCAGCUGGAGAGCCUGGUGUGGGAACGCUCUGGAAACAUAUUUGUCAGUUCCCAUAACGAUGGGGGCUACUCUGUGUGGGCUGUUACUAACGGCAACACCUACAAUCACCAGCCAGUGUCCUCCACCAUCCCAUAUGGUCCAUUUCCCUGUAAGGCCAUCAACAAGAUCCUGUGGAGAACCACACAGACGGGGUCUCCAGUGUUGUUGUACAGCGGCGGGAUGCCCAGAGCCAGCUACGGCGACCGCCACUGUCUGACCAUCCAACAGGGCAAAGACCACGUCACUCUGGACUUCACGUCGCGAGUCAUCGACUUCUUCACUGUCCACGGCGUCGAGCAGGAGAACGAGUUUGACGAACCGUCUGCGGUGGUUGUUCUGCUGGAGGAGGAGCUGGUUGUGAUUGACCUCAAGACCCCCGGGUGGCCGUCACUGCCCACUCCCUACCUGGCUCCUCUCCACUCCUCGGCCAUCACCUGCUCCUUCCACGUCUCCAGCGUCCCGCCCAAACUCUGGGAGAGGCUGGUCAGCGCUGGCAAAGCACAGCAGGGCCGUCAACACGCUCACGGGAAGUGGCCCAUUUGUGGAGGGAAGAACCUCGCUCUUCAACCCAAACAACAAGAGCUGCUAUUGACAGGGCACGAGGACGGCACCGUGCGUUUCUGGGAUGCAUCGGGCGUCGCUCUCACUCCGCUGUACAAACUCAGCACGGCCAACGUCUUCCACACCGACUGCGACCCUAGCGACGACCCUCAGGACCCUAGCGACGACCCCGACAUGCAGCAGGAGGAGGAGGAAUGGCCUCCCUUCAGGAAGGUGGGCUGUUUUGACCCAUACAGCGAUGACCCCAGACUGGGCAUCCAGAAGAUCAGUCUGUGCAAAUACAGCAACAAGCUGGUGGUGGCUGGAACUGCUGGACAGGUGAUUGUUCUGGGUUUGAGCGACGAGCGUUCGGACCACUCGGUGGACGUGUCGGUGGUUGAUCUGCUGCAGGACCGGGAGGGCUUCACCUGGAAGGGCCACGACAGGCUGGAGCCGCGCCUUAAACCCGCCUCCUUCCCGCCGGGCUUUCAGCCGCUGGCGCUGGUGCAGUGCAUGCCGCCUGCCUCGGUUACGGCGGUGGCCCUGCAUGCCGAGUGGAGCCUGAUCUCCUUCGGGACGAGUCAUGGGUUUGGUCUGUUUGACUACCACAGACGAAAUGCUGUGCUGGCCAGGUGCACCCUGCACCCCAAUGACUCCUUGGCGAUGGAGGGCCCCCUGUCCAGAGUCAAGUCCUUGAAGAAGUCCUUACGACAGAGCUUCAGACGCAUCCGCAAGAGCCGCGUGUCGGGCAAGAAACGGCCCAUCACCACGCCCACCAGCAAGGUUCAGGAGGCCAACGCUGCUCUGGCGGAGCAGGAGGACGUGGCUCCGAUACAGCGGAGGAUCGAACCCCGGUCCGCAGACGACUCGCUGUCCGGAGUGGUCCGCUGUCUCUGCUUCGCCGACACGUUUCUACGUGACGGUACGCACCAUGGCGCCACGCUGUGGGCGGGCACCAACUCGGGCAGUGUGUAUGCCUACGCUCUGGAGGUGCCCGGCGUUGGCUCGGGGCGCGUGAGCGAGCGGGGCGGAGCGGGCGAGGGCAGCGUGUGCGUGGAGGCCGUUUUGGGGAAAGAGAUCCAGCUGAUGCACCGAGCCCCUGUGGUGUCCAUCUCCGUGUUGGACGGCCGGGGGAAACCGCUACCGGACCCGUACGAAGCAUCCCAGGACCUCGCCAUCGCACCGGAUAUGACCAACGCUCAUUCCGUCCUCAUCGCCUCAGAGGAACAGCUGAAGGUGUUCUCUCUCCCCAAGGUGAGCGCAAAGACCAAGUUCAAGCUGACGGCGCACGAAGGCUGUCGGGUGAGGAAGGUGGCCCUGGUGGUGCUCGGCUCCACGGCUCAGGAGGACUAUUGCGAGCACACACUGGUCUGCCUGACCAACCUGGGCGACAUGCACCUCUUCAACAUACCUGGCCUUCGACCACAGGUGCGCUACGACUGCAUCCGUAAAGAAGACAUCAGCGGCAUCGCAUCCUGCGUCUUCACAAAGACCGGACAGGGGUUUUACCUGAUCUCUCCCUCAGAGUACGAGAGGUUCUCGCUGUCGGCCAAAGUCCUCACUGAACCGCUCUGCUCCGUUCAGCUGGACCGACCACUAGAGCUCACCAGCGAUGGUACGACGACGCAGGCCAACGGAACCCACAAAAACCAGAUGGGUCAGGCCGAGGGGCAAACAGAAGAGCCUCCCAGCAGCAUGUCCUCUCCAAUCCUGGACACCCCGCUGGACUCCCCCCUCAGCUGCGCUGACAUCACCCUCGACUCCACCGGCGAAAUCACCGUGGAGGAUGUCAGGGACUUUCUAACCACUGUGGACGAGGCAGAGAAUAACCUGAAGAACAUCCAAGAGGAGGAGGGACUCUCGACCGGCAUCCUCAUCAACUGAACAGUUUUACAGGGAGGGGCUCAAGUGUUCUGGAUGGACCGGAUUUCAGUGCUGGACCACAAACGUCUCCCAUCGCCCCACUGUGGAGCCCCCAACCAGCACUCUGCACUCUGCACACAAACUGGGAAGGAAAGCCGAAGGAAACCGGCAUUUAAGACUUGUGUUGCUGGAAGAAGAACUAAAUCUACAUCUUCAUCUUCCUAUAUAACCACUUUGGAAACAUGAUAUUGCCUCCCACGUGGAGCUGCAGAGACGGCCUGGAUGGACGUGUAGCGGACUAUUCUGAUUUCAUGCACUGAAAACUGAACUUUUUUUCUUUUUUUCUUUCUCCGUCAUCCAUCUUGGCGCUCUGGGCCGCCGCCCAAAUGCGCGCUUGUAGAUUCCUUUUGUUGGACUGUUUUGCACGCUGCUUAGCGACACCAGAGCCCCGUGAAUGACCCGUGUUUAGGAAAUGAGGGUGUACAGCAGGGACAGAAAGGGGGCAUUGUAGGGGUUCAGCACAGUAAAGAAAGGAAGUAUUUUGAAUAUUGAAGUGGGUCAAAUGUAUAUUCUUCGCAUUCUUCGGUGCCAUUGAGUUCAGUUGAAAUGCUUCACCCAGAGUCCCCCAGUGGUGUGUAAAUCAGCUGUUUUCAAACCAGUGAGACGAUGUGUUACUACGCACGAGCGCAUCACUAACAAGGUUUUGAGAAGCUCUCUGAAGAAGUACUUGGAUAAUGAAGGUGUUUUGUAAUACAAAGAUUGAUGCUCUAUUACAUGUGGGUUUUUUGUAUGGCUUUUGGAAAAAGUGAAAGAUAUUUUAAUGACUAAUAGAAAGAGGGGAUGCAGGAUGAGAGAAUUCACACAGAUUUCAAAGGGUGUUAAGAGGGGAACUAAAGCUACGUACGUACAAAGGAUUAGAGCAGAUUUAGGCAAAAUCAUAUUUUGAAAUGCCUUUAUUGAUGGGCCCAAGUUGGAAAUACAUUUUUUUUUUAUCAAUCAAAAUCAGCAAGUGUUUGAGGAGCACAGAGUUCGUUGUGAAUAAUGUUCCAGUUUUGGUAAAAAAUCCGGCUUGAAGAAAAAAGAGGAGGAGGAGGAGAAGAAGAAAGUGGUGAAACGAAGCGUUGCUGAAUCCUCGUUACUUCAUCUCAUGCAGAAAUCUUUUCGACGGGACUCAGGGAAGUGUGGCGAAGUGUAAUGUACUGUGUACUAUGAUGCACCCAGGGGAUUUCUUUUGUGGGUUUCUGUGAAUCGGUGCAUUCUGGGUAAUAUUGGCUAGAUGUGGAGCUUUGAUCAGUAUUUUUAACCCUUUUUUAAAAAAAUGAAUAAAAACGUUUUACUGUGUAAAAAGAGAAUUAUAUAUACAUAUAUACAGUAUCUUUACCUAGGUUUACAGAAGACAGGUUUAUAACGUCAAGCUGACGAUGGAGGAAAACGUUGGAGCUCCGUAGAACCUGUCAUCGCCUAAAACCGCUCAGUAUUCAAGCUUUUUGAUCACCUCGCGUAAAACUAAAUAAAAAGUAAAAAAAAAAAAAAAAAAAAAAGGGACCUCACUACUAACUAAUGUUACUCAACAGGUAUGAAUCAUGUUAAUGCUCUUUCACUUUGGUGUAGGCUUGUGUUGGUGCUCUGGUUGACACACAAAUAAUUAACUCCUUGAUGCUACAGCUGGCACCAUUUACCUUCUUUUGUUUAUUUUUUUAUUCCACAAUUAAGAAAAAAUGUGUUUCUACUUUUUUUUUUGUGUGUAGGAUUUUAAUGGAGUCAUUUAGCGUUUUGGCUGAUGGAGAAUUGUGAACGUUAAUAAAAUUAUUUACUCUCUGUAGGAA